AUGGCACAAGCUACCUCCAAAACUACACGCUUGAUGACACAAGCUACCUCCAAAACUACACGCUUGGUGGCACAAGCUACCUCCAAGACUACACGUUUGAUGGCACAAGCUACCUCCAAGACUACACGUUUGAUGGCACAAGCUCCCUCCAAAACUACACGCUUGGUGGCACAAGCUACCUCCAAAACUACACGUUUGAUGGCACAAGCUACCUCCAAGACUGAUGGCACAAGCUACCUCCAAAACUACACGCUUGAUGACACAAGCUACCUCCAAAACUACACGCUUGGUGGCACAAGCUACCUCCAAGACUACACGCUUGGUGGCACAAGCUACCUCCAAGACUACACGUUUGAUGGCACAAGCUACCUCCAAAACUACACGCUUGAUGGCACAAGCUACCUCCAAGACUACACGUUUGAUGGCACAAGCUACCUCCAAGACUACACGUUUGAUGGCACAAGCUACCUCCAAGACUACACGUUUGAUGACACAAGCUCCCUCCAAAACUACACGUUUGAUGGCACAAGCUACCUCCAAGACUACACAUUUCAUGACACAAGCUACCUCCAAGACUGA